GGGCGCGGGCGGCGAGGGCAGCGGGCCGGGACGGGAGCACCGCGGCGGACCCGACCAGCCUCGCCGGCUCUGCCCGCGGGCCGCGAGCGCGACGACCAGGCGGCGGCGUGGGCGCGUCAGGCCGGGCGAGGGCGAGAUCACGGAUUCUUUGAGGUGGCACUGAAAGCACUAAGACCUGAAGAUGAGUGAACUUGACCAGUUGCGGCAGGAGGCGGAACAACUGAAAAACCAAAUCAGAGAUGCUCGAAAAGCAUGUGCAGAUGCAACUCUCUCCCAGAUCACAAACAACAUCGACCCUGUGGGAAGAAUCCAGAUGCGCACCAGGAGAACACUGAGGGGGCACCUGGCCAAGAUCUACGCAAUGCACUGGGGCACUGAUUCCAGGCUUCUCGUCAGUGCCUCGCAGGACGGAAAGCUCAUCAUCUGGGAUAGCUAUACCACAAACAAGGUCCACGCCAUCCCUCUGCGCUCUUCCUGGGUCAUGACCUGUGCUUACGCCCCUUCUGGGAACUACGUGGCCUGUGGUGGCCUGGACAACAUUUGCUCCAUUUACAACCUGAAAACUCGCGAAGGGAAUGUGCGUGUGAGUCGUGAGCUGGCAGGACACACAGGUUACUUGUCCUGCUGCCGAUUCUUGGAUGACAAUCAGAUAGUCACCAGCUCYGGAGACACCACGUGUGCUCUGUGGGACAUUGAGACCGGCCAGCAGACGACCACAUUUACUGGGCACACUGGAGAUGUCAUGAGCCUGUCUCUCGCUCCUGACACCAGACUGUUUGUCUCUGGUGCUUGUGAUGCUUCGGCCAAGCUCUGGGAUGUCCGGGAGGGGAUGUGCAGGCAGACCUUCACAGGCCACGAGUCGGACAUCAAUGCCAUCUGCUUCUUUCCAAACGGCAACGCGUUUGCCACUGGCUCAGAUGACGCCACCUGCAGGCUGUUUGACCUCCGUGCAGACCAGGAGCUCAUGACCUACUCCCAUGACAACAUCAUAUGCGGGAUCACCUCUGUGUCCUUCUCCAAGAGCGGGCGCCUGCUGCUCGCCGGGUACGACGACUUCAACUGCAACGUCUGGGAUGCGCUCAAAGCAGACAGGGCAGGUGUCUUAGCUGGACAUGACAACCGCGUCAGCUGCCUGGGGGUGACUGAUGAUGGCAUGGCCGUGGCAACAGGGUCCUGGGACAGCUUCCUCAAGAUCUGGAACUAACACCAGUAGCAGCAGGUGGACGCCACGGAGACUGGAAGACCAUUCCGACCUUGAAGCGCUGCAGUGAUAGCAUAUCCUAUCCAACCGUACUAACGUGGACACCCACACCUCCCCUCAGAACUUCAAAGGGCAAGAUCUUUUUCCUUCACCUAUUGCUGAAACCAAGAGCACAAUUCCCAUUACGAGAAGGUCUCUGUGCUGUAAACUAAAACAAAUUGUGCAUUCCUUCCGGGGCCAUUGUCUUUGUUUUCUUUUUGUCUUGGAUAAAUUUUAAAAGGAAAUACUACAAUAAACAUGUUAACCAGAAGGCCACCCUGAGUGUAAUUGUGAGACAGACGCCUCUGCACUAGCGGGUGGAAUUGCAGACCAGGGUCCUGUUCUGUGGCACCCAUGCAGAGCCAUUUGAGGACUCUGUUGAGCUUGUGAUUGUUUCUGAAUUUCGAGUCAGGUCCAUAGCAGGGUUCUGGACGCUUUCGCACUUCCUUUUUCAGACAUACUUCUCUGUGUUCGGAAGUCAAGCAAGACGGGUGUCUGGGGCAGGCCUCUGAUACUGCCGGUGAGCUGGCUCGUUCUUUUCUGGUCCCAGAUGGCUGUGGACGAGGAGUGCUGAGAAGCAAGAGCGCAGUCAGAGUCCUGCUCCAGCUCCCUCCUAGCCCGUCCUCCUGGCCAGCUCUGCCCAGCUGUCUCCACUCUCACCUUGGGUUUCCUGUGAAGGGACGUUUGUAUUCCCCUAACACUACCCUGCCCCGCCCCGCGUCAGGAACCUGUUCUCAAGAGAGAUGCCUGUCCUGUGCUUGGAUAGUCAGUCGGUUAUUUGUGUAUGAAACAAUGUACAAAUCAAUGUUUUGAAAAUAAUGAUCUCAGACUUUCUAAGUUGAAUUUUAAACACUUUGAUUGUUUGCCAUGUUGGGUGGUUUACUCUUAGAAUCGCAUGCUGUAGAAAUGCUCACUGCACAUAGGACUCAGUCCUUAGGUGUUCUUUUCUUUUAAGAAAUACCCUCUUAAAGCUGUAACCGUGGCGGCUGUCCACUUCCUGUCACUACUCUGCACACAUAUCGGAAGCAGCAAGCGCUCUACACGUCUGAGUAGCGGGAUAAGUCACUGUUUUCUUUA